GUUUAAUGAUGGGGGAUCAGUUGGUCAGUUGGCCAAAUCAUUUGCAAAUUGUUUCCGUGCAAUGCAAUCCAGUGUGGAUGUGAUGCCAACAAAAUCAUCGUAUUAUUAUUAUCGUCCCAGUGGUAAAAUCUAAUUUUCAAUCCCGCUUUCAAACUGAAUAGAAAACUGAUGUGAACAAAAGAGUUCCAUCCUCUCACUCAAUUGACCACAGUCCACAUCACCUGAACAAGUUCGGAGCAAAGCCUCCUGCGACUUUACGAACAGUGUAGACAACUGGCUACUUAGCUGGCUACUUUUUACUCAUAAACACACGGCAACUGACUUUUUUAUUAAUAAAUCCUGUCCUGGUUAAACUAAAUUUCUGUAGGCAGCAAAAAUAUCUGGCACCAGAAAAACUUCUGCUUACAAGACAGAUUUUCUAUCGCAACGGCUUGCAAAUGAAUAAAAAGAAUGCGAAACUUCAGCUUCGAAAGUCCUCUUUUGUAACUUAAUUAAUAAAUAAUCAGUUUUUUACUUUCUUUUCUAGAACCACUUAAAAUUUGAAUUCCUUUAUUCUAAAAAAUUUCCCCAAAAAAUUAUAGCUCUUGAGAAAAGCAGAACCAAGUUGGUUUACGUCACAAAAGCUUCGAAUUUUUUAAUAAAAACAAAUUACGCGCCACCUGAUUUUGACAUAUGUCCUCUUUCUGUGUAUCUUUUCCUCAACAGUGAGCUGCUUGUUGCGUUUAUGCUGCUUGCUUUAACUUGGAAACUUUGUCACAUUUGGAGGAAGAACCUUGUAUGAUUUUAUUUUAUUGACAGUUUUUUGGCUGAGAAGCCAUAUUGGUUUACCAUAAACAAAAUUGAACCGAGUGUUUUAUAGUUAUAAUAAAUUCGCAGCAGUUACAAAAUCGGUUUGUUCAAAUGGCCUCCUACAAGCCACACAAGCUCAACGAAUACUUCGAUGCAGUAGAGGAUGGAGUGAAGGAAUGGUUUGGGGAGUGGGAGUGGAUUGUGAGUGCGAGACAUAGACUGCCCUACUGUGCGGGCAUGUUCAAGAUAGGACACCAAAUGGGCGGCUCCUCUGGCCCCAUCGAGAUAGUCUACAUCGGACACACCACUGCACAACGCUCCCUCAGAGAAGUCAUCUCGUCGAUGCUGUGGGGCUACGAGGGUGGGGAGCGACUGGCCAUGUUCCUGGUAGACCCUGUGUUCAAGCAGAACAUCAUGUUGCAGUGGGUGUGCAGCAUCUACCCAGAGGAGUUGAUUGAAGACGAGAUUGAGGAGUACCUAGCAACCCACCAUAAGGUGCCGGAGUACAAUGACCCAAUGGAGGAGGACAAGGGCAUCUGGGUGGUGGUGGACGAAGAUGGACACCCCAGCAAUACCAUUGCUGGCGACUACGACUAGGCCGCAAACAGAGAAUGAGGAACGACAGCCAAUGAAAUUAUGAUAUAGAAAACACAAUGUAAACAACUGAACGACACUUUUCUUCAUUUUCUAGCAAUAUAGAAUAGUUCGUCUGCCACGUGUUCCCCUGUGUCAUAUUAACCUGAUGAGUCAUUUUAGCCUGCAUUCACUCUGCGUUAUUCGGCAAGCGCGCUUCAAAAGGCCUCUACACUUUAAUUUUCUAUGUUUUUUUUCAAGUGCUGGCAGCAAAACUUUCUAGAGCGCUUAACCAUGCAAAUCUUUGUGUUGUUUGAUUGUUUGAGUAGUAUUACGUGCGAUUCGAUGCUUGAAAAAAAUGGUCUAAAACGAAAAAAUAGGAAACUUCAAGAUUCUGAGUGCUUAGGCAAGCUCGCUUCCCAUGGUUCGAUGUUUCCAUUUUAUAAGCCGACUUCGAAGGUCAAGAAC